AGUUCUCUACUCUUAAAUGGGCCUCCUAAUCCAGCCCUAUAAAAGCAACCCAAAAUCCGCUACUCUUAUGCACAGCAAAUAGAGAUAGAGAGAAGGGAGAGAGAGAGAGAUAAGGAGAGCAAAACUUAAUUUAAGGCACACACAUAGAGGGGUUCUUUGUUUGAUCGCAAUCCAUGGUGUCGUUGCAAACAACCCUCUCCUCGGAGGAGAAGAGAUCGUGUUGCAGCUUCGACAAGCCGGUGCCGAAGAAAAGGAAGUGGGAGGACGAGGAGGAGAGCGAUAGCGACUUCUUCGCGAAUGAGUUCGCGAAUGAGCCCAGGAUCAAGCAAGCGAAAGCCGAGGAGACCACGAAAGUUGAUAUCGAGCUGCACCUCGACUCUCCCUUACCGUUGGAGUGGCAGCGAUGUCUCGAUAUCAAGUCGGGCCGGAUGUACUUCUACAACACUAGAACCCACAAGAGGACCUCAAAGGACCCCAGAGAGAGCCCGGAGGAGGCCGCACCGUCGGGCCCGAGCUUGGACCUCGAGCUCAAUCUCGCCUGCGAGCCCGCGAAACCGACCCGAACCGACAAAAACCCGAAGGCGGCGCAAAACCAACCCAAAUUGCUGGCUCCGCCGCCGCCGUGGGCCGACGGAGACCACCGCGAGAUGGUGGCCGCGGUGUGCAUGCGCUGCCACAUGCUGGUUAUGAUGUGCAAGUCCACUCUCUCCUGUCCAAAUUGCAAGUUUGUGCACCCACCUAGCCAUAAUUCCCAGGGCUCACUUAACAAGCCCGGGUUUAAACUUUUAUGUUUGUGAGGAUAUUAAGAGCUAAUUUAUUUUGGUAUUAUGAAUUCGGUAGAGGUUAAUUAAUUAUAUAGGACUACAAAAAGUAAAAUUGGAAGUGAGAAAGAUAGAAAGAAUGAGAGACAUGUUGUGAUGUAAAUAUAUAUAAAAAAGGUAUAGGUCUUAAGUCCAUCUGGGAUGUUCGUAGGUUACAUAUCAGUGUGUAAUAGAUUCACCAUCUUCUAUUAAUAAGACUUAUAGUUGGUGAUUGUGGAAAAGCAAAAAAAAAAAUUUAAUUUGUUA